UUAAAUACAAAAAGAAUGUCUUUAGAAAGAACAUUAGGCGAUGGAAUGGAUAACGCUUUAAUAGCUUUAACAGAUUCAGCCAACGAAAACAUUCCAUUCCAAUUAAAAUUAAGGUCAUCCAAAGCAAUAUUAAAAGCAAUGAAACCUGUUAAACCCCAAGGAAAAGUAACUAUAGUCAUCCCAAAGUAUGUGCCAAAAGAAAUUAAGAAGCCGAAAUACUUAACGGUCCGAAAAAGAAAAGAACCAAAAUUCAUUCCUUACGAACCUUUCAAAGGAGCUGUUGGACCAAUAAUUCCGGUUAAAAAACAAUUAAAAGUUAUUAAAGAUAAAAAUAACAUUGACAUUCACGAAUUGGUUACUCAAAUGACCGAAAUGCGAACUUUAGAAAUGGAUAAAAUUAAACUGGAAGCGAUUGAAAAUAAGGAUGAGAUUAUUACAAGGAAACAAUGGGAACAAGAAAAAGAAGGGUAUGAUAAAGAUAUAAAAAAUUUAAGGGAGACUAAUUCUCAUUUAGAGAAUCAAUUAAAAUUUCAAGCUCAAGUUAACAGCGAAUUAAAAACUUUAUUAGUAGCUGCUGUUGGUGAAGAUUUAGAAUCCAGAGUUCAACAUUUAACAGAAGAUAAAUUACAAUUAGCCCGGAUGCUUUUAAACUCAGCAAACCGAUUAACUUCACACCAAGAACAAACGGAAUGGUUAUCAGGGCAAUGUGAAGUAUGGAGAAGCAAAUUUUUAGCUUCAAGUUUAAUGGUUGAAGAACUAGCUCGAUGGAAAUCGGUUUUAACCCAAAGAAUACAACAUUUAGAAGAAAAUUUAAAAGUUUUAAUCGAAGAAAGAAGUAAAACAAGAAAAUUUCUAUUAAAAACCUUGAUUAAUUUAAAAGAAAUUAACGAUAAUCAUUUUAAAUUAGACGGACCAAAACUAAAAACUACCAACAUUAUUGAUUUAUCAAUUGUUAAUUAUCGAUUUAGUGAGAAUAUCGGACAAUUUGUUAUGGGCGGCGAUUUUAAUUUGAAAAGGAAAGAAUUUUUAAGCGAUUUACCUUCUAAUACAAUGGGGGAAUUAAAAUCUAUUCAAUUAUUAAAAAAUCCUGUGAGUUUAAAUUCAAAACCGGAUGCAAUAUGUAAUGCUGUUAUGGGGGCUGCCUUUUCAAUGGGAUCUGGGCAGAAAUAUCUAAAUAAUCAGGUGAAGUGUUGUGCUCAUUGUAAAGGAGAUGUACAGGAUAUUUGACAAGAUGUUUUUUGAUAUGAUUGGUGCUAUUUUUGUAUUUAUCUUGUUGAUUAAAAGAAAUAAAUUAAUUUUUUGUAUA